AUGCCGGCUGUCUCCGGCGUAUACAAAAUAGCAAUUGCGCACAAACGGGCCGCCUCCUUGGCAUAUGGUCCGACAAGAAGUGGACAGUAUGGUAAUAUAAACAUUACAGAUGUUACAGACAUUACAGAUCAGAGCGCUGGCGACAAAAUUGGGAACGAAUCUGCACGACCGUUAUGCAUUCGUAUCAAGGGGCAGGUGAAUGGCAAGGAUAAGUCGCGAGAAUCGACGACUUCAGGAACCCAUCCAAAACGAAAGCACGACAGAAUCAAUUUUGAAAUUAGUGUUCAAUUCUUGCCGCAAUUACUCGCUUUCGUGAUCGAUUUGCUGACGGUCGUUACUGAAUUAUUCCAGUUCUUGGUGAACAUUUGGUCUAGCGGCUACGUUAGCGGUUGA